CUCCAUGCUGGUGAUCCUGUUGAACUGUGUCACCCUGGGGAUGUUCCAACCCUGUGAGGACCACGACUGUGAGUCAGAACGAUGCAAGAUCCUGGAGGACUUCGAUGACUUUAUCUUUGCAUUCUUUGCGGUGGAGAUGGUCAUCAAGAUGGUGGCACUGGGCAUCUUUGGCAAGAAGUGUUAUCUAGGAGACACCUGGAACAGACUUGACUUCUUCAUCGUACUGGCCGGGAUGUUGGAGUACUCUCUGAACCUGCAGAACGUGAGUUUCUCGGCGGUGAGAACGGUUCGAGUUCUGAGACCCCUCCGAGCCAUCAACAGGGUACCUAGUAUGCGUAUCCUGGUGACCCUCCUCCUGGACACCCUGCCCAUGCUGGGGAACGUCCUGCUACUCUGUUUCUUCGUCUUCUUCAUCUUCGGCAUCGUGGGCGUGCAGCUGUGGGCGGGGCUACUGAGGAACCGCUGCUUCCUGCCCCAUAACUUCUCACUCCCUCUAUCCGUCGAACUAGGCAACUACUACCACACGGAGAACGACGACGAGAGCCCCUUCAUCUGCUCCAUGCCCAGGGAGAAUGGCAUGCGUCUGUGUUCCUCUGUGCCCACCCUGUAUGAGGAGGGAGGUAUCCAGUGCCAGGUGGACAUGAACUCCUACAACAGCACGGACAACACCACCUGUGUCAACUGGAACCAGUACUAUAGUAACUGCUCUGGAGGACACGUCAACCCCUUCAAAGGGGCCAUCAACUUUGAUAACAUCUGCUACGCCUGGAUCGCCAUCUUUCAGGUGAUCACUCUGGAGGGAUGGGUGGACAUCAUGUACUUUGUGAUGGAUUCUCACUCCUUCUACAACUUCAUCUACUUCAUCCUCCUCAUCAUUAUUGGCUCUUUCUUCAUGAUCAACCUGUGUCUGGUCGUCAUCGCCACCCAGUUCAGUGAGACAAAGCAGAGGGAGAGCCAGCUGAUGAGGGAACAGCGCAUCCGUUUCCUGUCCAAUGCUAGUACCCUGGCCUCCUUCUCUGAGCCGGGCUCCUGCUACGACGAGCUCCUCAAACUCCUUGUCCACGUCAUUCGGAAUGGGUUCAGGCAGGUGGCCCAUGUCUGCCGGGCCGUGAUGCGCCGUGCUGGGAUGAACAUUGCAGCCUCUCCCCCUGCCCUGGAGAGCGAGAGGGAGAGGGGGAGCCAGAGAAAGAGGAGGAAGACUUCCAGACAGGGUUCUGUGGUCUCCAGAAAAGUGUCUAUGUCCGUUCAUUACUUGGUUCACCAAAAUCACCAUCACCAUUAUCACUAUCACUUAGUGAACGGGAGUGUGAGAGGGAGACUAGGGGGGAGAGGGGUGGCGGGGGUCGGGGGAGGAGGAGGGGAUGUGGAGACGGGUUCCCAUAGCAACAACGGGGGCACUGGACGUCUCAUGCUGGGUCCUCCUCCAUUGCCGACCUCUGAUGUGAACUUGGCGACCCCGGUGUCACCAGACAAUCCCGCUCCGGAAACCAACGGUGGUGACUCGUCAUCAGUGCGGAGUACAUUCCACACAGACUGCCACCUGGAGCCCAGCACCCCCACUGCCCUCGCCCCUACCCCUAGUCCCUUCUCCCUGACCCCUACGCCCAUGUCCAGGCCUAUGAAGAGGAACUCAGUGCCCUUCGCUGGUUCCGGACCUAAAAACUACCCCACCCUACAGCCCAGGGCACUAAUGGAGUCUAGAAGUGGCAGUGUUACAGCUAGUACCAUCAGUAAUAUAAACCUCAAUAUACCACCUCUACCCCUGGAGAGAAGAUCACAGAGUUUUGUAGACACACACACCCCCACAGCCCAGCUCUCCUGCCGUGACCUGAGUGCCAUCGGAACCCUGGACCCGUCGUUCACCUUUGACCCUGAGUCGUGCCCCUACUGUGCCAAGGCUCUGGCAGGGGAGUCAGAGGGCACAGACGGAAAUGAGACCCCUGGGGACUCAGACAGUGAGGGCAUCUACGAGUUCACCCCGGACCUCCAGCACAGGGACCGCAGGGACCGUCGGGAUAGCCGUCAGCCCAGGAAGAGGCAGCGAAAGCUGGGUACCACGGUGGGGAGAGUGGUCCGGGCCUGGAGGCUGGUGUGUGAUACCUUUAGGAAAAUAGUGGACAGCAAGUAUUUUGGAAGAGGGAUCAUGAUCGCCAUUCUGAUUAAUACGCUGAGUAUGGGGAUCGAGUACCACGAACAGCCUGAGGAGCUGACCAAUGUGUUGGAGAUCAGUAACAUAGUGUUCACCAGUCUGUUUGCAUUGGAGAUGUUACUCAAGAUGCUGGUCUAUGGACCAUUUGGUUACAUCAAAAACCCCUACAACAUCUUCGACGGAAUCAUAGUGGUUAUCAGUGUGUGGGAGAUCGUGGGCCAGCAGGGCGGUGGUCUGUCUGUGUUGCGAACCUUCAGACUGAUGCGUGUGUUGAAGCUGGUGCGCUUCAUGCCUGCUCUGCAGAGACAGCUGGUGGUGCUGAUGAAGACCAUGGACAACGUGGCCACCUUCUGUAUGCUACUCAUGUUGUUCAUCUUCAUCUUCAGUAUCCUGGGCAUGCAUCUGUUUGGCUGUAAGUUUGGAUCAGAGAGAGAUGGAGACACUCUACCAGACAGGAAGAACUUUGACACUCUGCUCUGGGCCAUCGUCACCGUGUUUCAGAUCCUAACUCAGGAGGACUGGAACAAGGUUCUUUAUAAUGGUAUGGCCUCCACCACUCCUGUGGCUGCUCUCUACUUCAUCGCCCUCAUGACCUUUGGGAACUAUGUCCUCUUCAACCUGCUGGUGGCCAUCUUGGUCGAGGGCUUCCAGACUGAGGCCCCCCCUGUCUCUCCACCCUCUACAACCCCUCUGCACGACGCCACGGCUGUUGAGACUAACCAGGGAGAAGACUCAAAGUCAGUGUCAGAGGCUGAUUUAUCAUCGAGGAGUUUGGAGGAUGUGAACGGCAGUGGAAGGGAUGUGUCUGUCUCCCCGGUAGUCCCUAUAAACGGUCAUGUUGACCUGAAGACCAGUCUGACCCCUCCUCUGAUCACCCACACUGCUGCCACCCCCAUGCCCGUUCCCAAGCUGCCUGCCGUGGGUGACCCUGCUAUGGGCUACGAGUCCCGACGAGGCAGUAACAUCUCCAUGGACCUAGCCUGCUAUGACAAGUCUCCGACCAGUGCCCGUAGUACCUCCCCUUACGCCCCGUGGAGCUCUGCCAGUGGCUGGACCAGCCGUAGAUCAAGCUGGAACAGCGUAGGCCGUGCCCCCUCGCUCAAACGAACAAAGCGUCAGUCUGGCGAACGGCGGUCGCUCCUCUCCGGAGAGGGUGGGUCCAGUUCGGAGGAUGAGGAGGGGGUAGGAGGGGGGACUUCGGAGGGAGAUGAUGAGUCCCUGUGUCGUACCGACUCCAUGUCCCAGUCCCAACAGCGACACAGGAGGAUGGAGUCUGUGGAGACCAGGGGGUCCAUAGACCUGGCCCCCGACACACUGCUACAGGUGCCCUUCCUGUAUCGCUCAACCAGUAUGCACAGCUCCAGACCCCCCUCGCUAGGAGGCCUGAGAGCCCCAGAACACAGUGACUGUAAUGGGAAAGGCACUCUGGCCCCUGGGGGGGCCCCGACACAGCUCUCCCUGGAGGACAACACAGAGGACGACGCGGCAGAGGAGGAGGUCAUGGGUCGUUUCGCCAGGCUGUUACGCUGGCUGGAGCGGAAACAGCCAGAGUGGUGUCGAAAGAGAGAUACCUGGUCCCUGUACAUGUUACCCCCAGACUCCAGGUUUCGGAUGGCAUGCAACAAGAUAAUAACCCACAAGAUGUUUGACCACAUCGUUCUGGUCAUCAUCUUCCUCAACUGCAUCACCAUCGCCAUGGAGAGGCCGAGAAUAGAGGCAUAUAGCGUGGAGCGCAUCUUCCUCACGUUAUCCAACUACAUCUUCACAGCGAUCUUCGUGGCGGAAAUGACAGUAAAGGUGGCUGCGCUGGGCUGGUUGUUUGGUGAUAAGGCCUACCUGAGGAGUAGCUGGAACCUUCUAGACGGGAUGUUGGUGAUGAUCUCAGCCAUAGACGUCCUGGUCUCAUUGGUGUCCAACAGCAGUCCCAAGAUACUGGGUAUGCUCCGGGUACUGCGCCUGCUACGGACGCUCAGGCCACUACGUGUGAUCAGCAGAGCCCCAGGUCUGAAGCUGGUAGUGGAGACUCUGAUGUCGUCUCUGAAGCCCAUAGGGAACAUUGUGGUCAUCUGCUGCGCUUUCUUCAUAAUCUUUGGUAUCCUGGGAGUACAGCUCUUCAAGGGGAAGUUCUUUGCGUGUCAGGGAGAGGACGUGAGAAACGUCACUAACAAGUCAGACUGCAUGAUGGCCAACUACAAAUGGGUCAGACAGCAGUACAACUUCGACAACCUGGCACAGGCUCUGAUGUCUCUGUUUGUGCUGGCCUCUAAGGAUGGUUGGGUUGAUAUCAUGUAUGAUGGAUUAGAUGCAGUGGGAGUCGACCAACAGCCGCAGCUGAACCACAACCCAUGGAUGCUUCUCUACUUCAUCUCCUUCCUGCUCAUCGUCAGCUUCUUCGUGCUCAACAUGUUCGUGGGCGUGGUGGUGGAGAACUUCCACAAGUGCCGGCGCAGCCAGGAGGCCGAGGAGGCCAAACGCAGGGAGGAGAAGAGACUGAAACGGAUGGAGAAAAAGAGACGGAAAGCUCAGAGUAAGCCUUACUAUUCGGACUACUCCUCCAUGCGUCUCCUCAUCCACAAGAUGUGCACCUCCCAGUAUCUGGAUCUCUUCAUUUCCAUCGUCAUCGGACUCAACGUCAUCACCAUGGCGAUGGAACACUACCAACAGCCCAAGGAGUUGGACGAGGCGCUGAAGAUCUGUAACUACAUCUUCACCCUCAUCUUCGUCCUGGAGUCUGUUUUCAAGCUGGUGGCCUUCGGCUUCCGGCGCUUCUUCAAGGACAGGUGGAACCAGCUGGACCUGGCCAUAGUGUUGUUGUCCAUCAUGGGCAUCACUCUGGAGGAGAUUGAGGUCAACGCAUCACUGCCCAUCAACCCUACCAUCAUCAGAAUCAUGAGAGUACUGAGGAUAGCAAGAGUGCUGAAGCUACUGAAGAUGGCAGUGGGGAUGAGAGCGUUGCUGGACACUGUCAUGCAGGCCCUGCCUCAGGUGGGGAAUCUGGGUCUUCUCUUCAUGCUGCUGUUCUUUAUCUUUGCAGCACUGGGAGUGGAGCUGUUUGGUGACCUCAUUUGUGAUGAGCUGCACCCUUGUGAGGGUUUGGGGCGCUACGCUACGUUUAAGAACUUUGGCAUGGCCUUCCUGCUGCUGUUCAGAGUUUCCACAGGAGACAACUGGAAUGGCAUUAUGAAGGACACCCUGCGAGACUGUCAACAGGAGAAUGCAGGUACCUGUUACAACACGGUCGUCUCUCCCAUCUACUUCGUCUCCUUCGUGUUGACCGCCCAGUUUGUCCUGGUCAACGUGGUCAUCGCCGUCCUCAUGAAGCACCUGGAGGAGAGCAACAAAGAGGCCAAGGAGGAGGCUGAGCUGGAGGUUGAACUACAGCUGGAGCUCCAGCAUGGAGGACAGGGAGGCAGUGGGAGAUCACCCCAGCUAAGCCCUCUGGCCCCGGGCAUGGAGGUGGGCGGACCCGGGGGGUCCCCCUGGAGGUCUCCCGAGAGGGAGAUCCAGAGAAGGGGCAGCGUGAUGGAUUCUCCCCCAGCAGAUGUCACUACAAGAGACAUCAGCGCUGAUCCCCUGCUAGUCCUGGAGCCACCGCUGGAGAUGGAGUUACUCGAUCCUGGGGAGCCAUUGGAGGACAACCUGCUGAGCGUACGGAAGUCAAUGGUGGGCCGCACCCACUCCCUACCCAACGACAGCUAUAUGUUCCUGCCUCUGGAGCCCUUCGGAUCCCCAGGAGCCGGCCUGGCCCCUGGUUUAGCCUCACAGACACAGGCUGCAGGGCCACAGCACAUAGAGACCCUCAACGAAGCCCUGUCAGGCUCCUGUACCUCGGUGCGGUCCCAACCAGAGGACAGCUCCAAGCAGUUGGCUGUUCCUAUAGACUUCUUCAGACCCAUCAGUCCUCACAGCCUUUCACACUCCCAGAGUAUACACACACUCAGUCGCACCCUCCGCAGACAGGUAGCAAUAUCUAAUGACUCCCAGGAGGCCCUGUGUUCUGACGGAGGGGAGGGUAAGGAGGUAGUCCUCGAUGUAGCUUCCCUAGCCCUCUCCCUUUCCUCCUCUUCCUCUUCCUCGUCCUCCCAUCUUCAUCACCAGCCUGCUCUCCGGCUGGUCCCUGCCACCCCAGGGGCAUCCCCUCAACCGUCACGCCCCAGCAGUGUCCACACCCAGCACACCUCCUCCCCCUCCUCCCCCUCCUUACCCCCUCCUCCCCUUCCCUCCACUCGCCCCUGGAGAGAGGAAGAGGCCUCGGCCGAUCAGGAAGUGUCGUUAAUCACCAGAGCGGGGCUGGCGGGAAUUGAGGAUGUCAUCGGGGUCGGAUUGGGGUCAGAGGACGGAGGUCUCGAGGGCAGUUACCAAGGUUACUGGGUUGGUCGUCGUGCGGGGUGCGGGCCGUGCCUGAGGCAGUUGAAGAGGUUCCACAGUGCUGACACCCAGGGGCGGAGCGUCCUUGCGCCCCGGCCACGCCCACUGUCCUGGUUGGACGAUCUUCGUCGCCACUCAGUGGAGGUGUGUUCGUCUGUAGAGUCCAGCCCACAGCGGAGUACAAUAUCCACGUCCUCAGGGUUCGUCUCCCGAGCAGACAGCCUCCAGAUCCAGUCCCAGACCACCACACAGACCCUGCCCUCUCCCCGACGCAAGAAAAAGAUGAGCCCCCCGUGUAUCUCCGUAGACCCCCCUGAUGGACUGGAGCCCCAGUCCGGCCUCAACCCUGCCCCGGGAGGGUUGGGGGGCCUGGGGAUGCCCCCUCCCUUACCCGGCCGGGAAACCUCCUGUCUAAGGAGACGGGCUCCCUCCAGUGACUCCAAGGACUCCUUUGACCUGGGGGUAGGGGAGGGGCUGGGGCUUGGGCUGGGCCAGGAGGGAGGUGGGUCCAACCCCAACCCCAAGCUGUUGACUCUGCCGAGCUUCUCCUUUGAGAAAACAAGCUCUGAGCACUGAACACUGACACGCACACUGAUGUACACACAAACACUUAUGCACACACACACAGAUGAACUACACACAC